AUGGGUUUCAGUUCCUUCCAGUCCGAUGAACUGUUCAUGCAGGCACCAGAACCGAAAGGAGUGUUCAGGAAAACAUUCCAAACACCCUUCCAACCCAGCCCUUCCGACAUCUUCAUAGCUGUUAUGGGAAUGACGGGUGCUGGUAAAAGUACCUUCAUCUCGCAUUGCACUGAGGAAGAAGUGCGCAUCAGUGAGCCAGGCGCGCUGGAGUCUUGUACUCAAGAUGUUCGUGUACAUAAGUGUACAACCUUCAGCCCAGCUGCGAACGUCUACCUCGUUGAUACGCCGGGUUUUGAUGAUACCACUCGCAGUGACACGGAUAUCCUCAAGACCAUCGCGAACUGGCUGACGGAGACGUACGAGCAGAAGAUCAAGUUACGGGGAAUUCUGUACCUCCAUCGGAUUUCAGACAAUCGUAUGGGAGGGUGUGCUAACAAGAACCUCAUCAUGUUCAAGCGCCUUUGUGGUACUGAGGGUGUUCAAAACGUCACCUUUGUCACAACUCACUGGGAGAAAUGUGAGCAAGCCGAAGGCGAAAAACGUGAAUCUGCGCUUCAGUCGACCCACCACUUUUGGGGGUUUUUCGUGGACAAAGGCGCCAAAGUGCGUCGGCACGAAAAUAACCAGGACUCUGCUUUGUACAUACUGGAGCAGUACAUUCCAAGUUGGGCCCCACAGCCACCAGGCGAAGUCAAUCUAGCCAUUCAGACAGAGAUGGUUGACUCUGGGAAGGAUCUGAACAGCACUUCAGCAGGCCAAGAACUACAAGACACUUUCGCUAAGGAACGGGAGAAGAUGCAACGAGAGAUGAAAGAACGAGAACUGGAGAUGAGAGAAGCGUCCCAGGCACGCGAUAAGGAGUUGCUGGAUAUGCUACGCGAAGAACAGGAGAACCAACGAGCGGAAUUGAGGCGCAGAAGUCGAGAGAUGGACGAGCUGAAGAUCAGCCUGAAGUCUAUGCAUGAGGAGAGAGUUCAAAAGCUUGAAGCCCGUCUCAAAGAACAGCAUCAGCAGCACAUGGCUUACCGUCAGAAUGCUGAACGUCGGGAACAAGAGCGUCUCGCUGAAAUUGAGCUGAUGCAGUCGAAGCAUGAUUCCGAGCGUCAACGCCAACAGAACAUGCUUUCGAGUCUGGAGUCACAAGUUAAAGACCUCAGGCGACGGUCGCCUCAGCCUCAAGUCUCAAACGGUGGCUACGGCAGGAUAACGCCAUCUUACAGACCUACUCGACAAGCCAGCGAUAACUUUAACAGGUAUCGCCACAGUUCUGGUGAUACGUGUUUGACAUGCGGAAGGCAGUUUAGUACUCGCGAUGGUCUCUUCAGCCAUCUGUUGGCCUUACAACAUGGGCGGGAUACUACGACAGGGAAAUCGGAAAUGUUGGAGAGGAAUUGGAUAGGGGAUGUUGUUUCAACACAAUAG